AUGGCAAAGCUUGCGGUACCCGUUUGUGUUUGGCCUGUACCUGUUACUCUGUCAGUGGUUUUUGUUGGGUUCUUUAGAACUAUGCCAAUAAUCUUUGUUCUUCUAUUUUUGUUUUCUGAAACUUGCUUAGCUAAACGUGGUUCUCUCUACACGGCGUUUGGUGGUGUUCCUCUUGUGGAACAUUUUUUCAAUAGAUUGAAAGAUCAAUAUGCCAUUCCUCCCAUUUUCAAGUCCUGCAGCAGUACCCUAGUGGUUAAAGAAUCUGAAAAGGCUGUGGCUGGUUUGGGCAGGCAAGAACACAUUUCAAAUUAUAAUGCCAUUUUGGGGCGCAAAACUUCAAAAAUUGACAUUGAUGAUGUCGGUAGCAGUAAAGAUCAAUCUAGCCAAGUUGAUGACAAAUCUAAGAAAGUGAGGUCUUCUGCACACUCUUCUACGCUUGAUGCAUCAAAUGCCCAACUUCACAGGAAGAGAAAAUUACUUCAAGAGAAGGAAGAUGCUGUUGCUAAGGAAGCAGGUCCUCAAGCUGCGCUAGAUAGGGUUGUCAAAACUGCAACCCGGAUUGCUUCAAGACCAGUUGUUGAUAAAAGAAAAUGGUUCAAGAAGCAGAUAUCCUGUCUUUAGUCUUGGGUAGAAAAGUUGCAGACAGCUGAAAAGGCAGGCACCUUGGUUUUGCUUGAAAAUUUAGAUCCAUCCUUUACAUCGUCAGAAGUAGAGGAUCUGGUUUGGCAUGCGCUUAACCAAAGGAUUGAUGCAAAGGUGAGACAAAACAGUACUUUUUCGAGCCCAUACUAUGGUAAUCAUAUUCAUCUGAUAAUCAAGUGUUAGAGAUAAAGCUCAACAUCUUAGGUCUUCUUACAAAACCUGGAUUUUGAGAUUGGGCUUGAGUUUCUAAUAUGGUUCAGAGGAAACUAUAUUCCCCUGAUUCUGCACUUUCUCGCAUUGCCCUCAUGUCCACCACAUGUUUGCCUGUUCUUGCAAGUUUUUAUUUUCCGUGACUUUCUACUGUUCUGUCACAUGAUAUAUUUAUUCACUCUUGUAUGUGCUAAUUUCCUUGUUCCACAUGUCUGGCCUAGCACGUAUCAAGAGGUGGAUCUAGAAAUAAACAUCAACGUGUUAGGCCUUCUAACUUUAAAAUAUAGGCUUUUAUGUUGGGCUUUGGGUUUCUAAUAACAUGCAUUAUCAGGUGGUGAUAUUUGAUUAUGUGCUGUUAGUUAAAAAUUAAUAAGCAACAUGACCAACAUUUUCAUGUGAUAACAGGUAAAUUUUUGGUUAUAUUUGAGUCAAAAGUUGCAGCUGAAUCUGCAAUAUCCAGGUUGCAAAAGAGAUGCCUAGUGUUGGCAGAUGGGAGUUACUUCAUUCUUUUGGUUUCUUCAUGUUCCUUCUGUUACAAAUAAAUAAUUAGCAAGAAACUAAAUCAAUUGAAUUCUUACAAAAUCAUGUAUGUUUUUUCUCAAAUGGUCUUUUUUUAAGUUAAAACGAAAUUAAAUACUUACAUUCCGAACUCCAUGAGAAUUAACAAUACAAGAAAUCAAUUGAAUGAACUCUUGCAAAUUUCUUAAUUUCCAGAUGAGGCGAUUUUGUCUCAAAUUCCCCUUUUUGGCAAAUGGUGGUUUCUUCAAAUUCUUCUUUGAAGUGAACUCAAUAUCCUCUGAAUAAUUCAUAUAUGCCUCACUUCGACCCUCUUUUAAGCAAGAGGGAUUUUAUCUUUUAGAAAGUGGAAUGGUAUUUAAUAGGUUAAAAUCAGACACCACUAACAGAGUAUUUUCUCGGUUGAAUUCUUCCCAGUUCAUCUGAUUUUGAAGUGAGAAAUUUUUUUUUUCUGUUUCAGAAUACCAUGUGUAUGACUGAUACCAUCUGAUUUUGAAAUAAUCAUCAGACACCUCUAUGUUGGAGUCUGUGUCUUUGUUGCUGAAGUUCACACCCCUUGUUUCCUUGUACUCAUUGAUCAAGUCCUUAUUUGUUGAAAUCUGUCGGAACAAAAUCAACUCAAUCCUCUUUAAUAACACAAUGAUAAUACAUUCUUGCUAAUUUGUUUUUCUUCAAUGAUACAGUUUUCUGAUGAUUAGCAUAUCAAGUGUGCUGUCUGCGAUGUACUUUUUUGCUCUAUUUGCAGAUCUGUUGUUUGCAGGAGGGUUUCUUUAAGGGAUCCUGGUAAACCUGCCAGCUUCAUUGGCCAUAUAUCUGAUCCCAGAUUCAGGCUAAGGCAAUCUGAAGGAAUGCGAAAAGCAGUGUCCACAUCACACUUCUCCCAACUGAAUACCGCUGAAUAUGAUAUGGCAAUGGAGUGGCGCGUGCUGCAAGAGAAGUCUGAUAUGUGGUGGAAGAAAUUGCACGAGCAGCAAGCAGAGGAAAUAGGAGGCAUCCAGAAGCAGCUAAAGAUGAAGCAUCAUAACUGGUGAAGUUACUGAAACAUCUCAUGUUCUGUGAACUGUGCUCUUUUGUUUGUGAAAACGUGGAGGGGCAUACAAGGACAAAUUAAUAGUAUGAGAAAGUGUACAUAUUAUGAACUUAAAGGACAAAUUAACUUUUAGUGCAAGUUGUUUCUUGGGUACC